AUUUUAAAAAGUUCCUGCUUCCACAAUCGGGCAACGAAGAUCUUAUACUAUCACCGGCAGCAAAAGCUUUAAAGUUGCAGCAACCGGAAACCAAUUCUACCGGAAAUAGUCAACCGGAAGUGACAGAAAAGAAUGCAGACGAGAAUACUGAGGCAGUGGUAGAUGCCGUAGACAGCGCUGUUGAGUCUGAAAAACCGGUGACAGAUAGUCAGUCCAGCGAAUCAGAGAAAAAUAAAUCUGAGAGCGCUCCAGAAUUGUCGGAAGAAGAAAAAGCGCUUCUGAAAAAGAGAAGACAGUCAAUGCUAUGGGGUUAUAUGAGUCUAGCCAAACCGAGCACGACAUCAAGACCAGCGUCAGAAUCGUCAGUCGUUGAUGAAGUUUUUGAGGAAUCGGACCAAGAAAAGCCGACACAAAAUGAAAUAGCUAUCAAUGUUGAAUCGAUUACAGAGGCAGAAGGGCAUAGCGAUAUAGAGGAAAUUAAAACAUCUUCACCAACAGAGGGCGCUGGACAGUUACUAGAUGCUAUUCGGGAAGAAGAUGAACACUCUAAUUAUGGAAUAGUAAACAAUGAAGAAAAUGAGAAUUUAAAGAGUAGCUCUGAGGGUAAAUUUAUUAGUGCUUUAGAAAGUAAACGAAAACUUUUCUCAAGGCAGAGUUCGUCUGCAUCUUUGAAAACUAAAAUAACAGACAGUUUUGGGGAUUCGGGUAUAGAAACCAUGGAUUCUGUGAAUUGUUCAGAAAUUCGCGAGCAGCCAGAUGCUUUUGAUAUCUCUGAAGUUGAUGAAGAGGAGAAAAAAUCAAGAAAGCGACAAAAAUCUUUGUCUGAAGCGAUUUACAGUGGUAACGAAGAUGACGAGGAUAUGGUGGAUCCAUUGCACGUGCAUGAAUCGUUAUCACGUGUCUCGUCGUCAGAUUCUCUUUUGAAACUUGACCUUGAAUCUGAUGAAAGGCUUCCACAAGAAAGUGAUGACGAAGAUUAUACGACGGAAAGAGUUAUAAACUUUGUAAAUGAGCAGACAUAUAUUGAAAUUAAGCCUAAGUUACCGACGCAAGAGGAAAUCGAAAGAGAGGAGGAGCUUAAACGAAUAGCGGCAGAACGAAUAAAUAGAGCGCACAUUCUAGAACAAGCAAUAAUUCAGCGUUCUUAUAUCACACCAUCUUUAACCAUUUAUAAAAGUAAACUGGAGCGUCCGAUGACAGCUAGGCCCUCUGUUAAUGGCAUAAAUUGCUCACAUAUUGAUAUAGAUCUAAGGUGCACAGAACCACCAAAAGCAGACAUUAAAUCUAUGAGACAAUUCAAAGAGCGUGUUAACAGUGCACGAUCCAGCAGACGAGAAGAACAAAAACAAUUAGCAAAAACUGUUGGUGUUAUAGACAUAAGUGAACGUGUGCAUUCACAUCAAAAUCUACAGAAUAAAACGGAUAGACAAAAGUGGCCAAUGAGGCCAUUAACUAGGCCAAGGUCACCAAUAGGAAGAAAAUUGUUUAGUCCUUGUGAGAAAAGGUUUAGUUUAGAUUUAGAAACCGAUGAGUUUGAAAGACUAAGUCAUAAAAGGGAACCGCGGGACAGAAAACGAGCCAAAUCAGCCACGCCUUUACGUAGGUCUUGCUCCCCUUCUUUGACAGUGACUGGAGAAAGAAAGCAAAUUAAACGGCCUCAAACCGCCUCCUUGCCUUACACCUCCUCGAGAUAUGAAAACGACAAAAAGCGGGACGUCUUAGUAGUUGAACCGCUGGCAAACGCAGAUGAACUGUAUCCUAAUAAAACCGCAUUAACAACACAUCACCAUGGAUUUAGGAGUAUAUGGCCGAUUGGACGAAAAAUCAAUUUGAUACAAACUAAACAACCUUUCAAAGCAUUUGAAAUGAAUUCUUAUUCAAGGAAUAUAGAGCGAAGACUUUUUCCUUUAAAAGGCGAUCAUUCUAUUAAAACAUCAUCUCAGUUGCUAAACACAACGGUAAGUAGUCUCCAGGUAACAAAUGGAAAUAAAAAUGUUAUAAAACUCGAAAUGGAAACUGAAAAGGUGAGAAGGCCAGCAAUCCGAAAAUUGUCUUUAUAUAUCACACCUAACAGUACCCCUCGUGCGGUAAGGUAAUCAAAGAUUGUGCCGUAAGGUUAUUAAAGGUACAUUAAUUAGAUAUGAAACAGCGACUCAAAAUAUGAAUUGGACAUUUCCGUGAAACUUCGUGUUACAAUUUUCUUUCGGAUAAAUUCGGACAGUAUCAAGUCGUCUAUGGAAUUAAACCAUAACGUUUUUAAUUGAAUUUAGCAAUGUUAUAUUACAAGCAUUUAUGGUUGAAGUACUUUCUACUACCUCUGUCCUCGUACAAUUACAUGCAUUUAUUUUCAGCAUUACAUGUUUUUUUUAUCAUUUAUAGAACUACUUGUCUAGUAAUGUGCUAUAUAGUGAAAGAACCAUAACUCGUUGGUUGCUAGCAAGAAUGACAAAAAUCGUCAAACUUAACCUCUGAUCUAUUUUUAUUAUAACUUAAAAUGUAUCACUUUUCACUACUCUGGUGAGUUUUUGACCAUUUUGACACUAGAAUGUAUAAUACAUGUGCGACCGUAUCAUAAAGUCGUUAUAUGAAGGUGUCAUUUUUUCCGGAAAUGUUUCACAAAUUCAUAUAACAUUCAGUUCAUAAAGGAAGAAAAGUCUUCCGAAUAAAUAGCAGUACUUUUUAUUUAUUGGUUAUUUUUUCUUUAUUAUUAUAAAAAAAAUAGUGCUCUGACUUAGAUAUGUACUGUUGGGUCUUGGUUCAAUCUUUCUUUUUUUAUUUGUCACAUGGAAUAAAGAAAUGUUGUUGAAAUACUGUUAAAAUUGGUGAAAUGUUAAUAUCUUUUCUGAUAAUGAAGUAGUAUUUUUUUUACUUACCAAAUGCUAUUGUUUUAUAAUGAUUUGUUACUUCUUAACAAACUUAGUCAUUUUAUUUAUUUAUUUAGUUAUUUAAUAUAUAAUAUUUAUUUUAGUCUUUAGAAAUAUCGACGAGAUCUGUGUGUUGGAAACUCACAAUACCGAAUUUAUGUUAACCAAUUAAAAAAACAGAUCUAGAUUCUAUUUAUAAAACUCAUUGUUAAUCAUUCACUGUGAUGAAAUUAUUUUUUUUUCUCAAUCAACUGUCACUUGAUAUAUAGAAAAUGUAGACUUCAUUUUUAUUUUCAAUUUCGCAGCUUGCCCUAGAGACUGUAUCGCAUAACUUGUUUUCGUUUUAUUCAUUUUUACUCUUCAGUGCGAUCCUCUUUACUUUAUGAUAUAUAUUCAAUAUAACUUCUCAGUGAGAUAUAUUCGUUAUCAUUUUACAAUGACAAUUUUAAAGUUGCAUGCUUUCAGAUGAACCCAAAAUAUUUCAA